AUGGUUCGGCUGACCUUGAAUCUAAUUGCCAAAAACAGCAAUCUUAAGCUCCGAAAAGAAGAAGCCACUUCACAAUACCUGAAGAAAAUAACUCAUAUAAAUUUUUCAGGAAAAAACAUAGAUGAAAUUGACAAUCUCUCUCUCUGCAAAAGUCUUAAUGUUUUAUAUUUGUAUGAUAACAAUAUCAGUCAAAUUUCUAACUUAAAUUAUGCUACAAAUCUGACUCACCUGUAUCUACAAAAUAAUUGUAUUUCAUGUAUCGACAACCUCCGGUCAUUGAAGAAACUGGAAAAAUUGUAUCUGGGAGGCAAUUACAUUGCUGUCUUAGAAGGUUUGGAAGGAUUAGAAGAACUGAGAGAGCUGCACAUUGAGAGUCAGAGGCUUCCCCUUGGAGAAAAGCUUCUUUUUGACCCAAGAACUCUUCAUUCUCUAGCAAAAUCCCUCUCUGUAUUGAAUAUCAGCAAUAAUAACAUUGAUGACAUAAAAGAUUUAGAAAUCCUGGAGAAUCUUAGUCAGCUCAUAGCAGUUGAUAACCAACUUCAGCAUGUGAAGGAUUUAGAGAUUUUACUGGAAAAGUUGGUGAAGAUGUGGAAAUUGGAUCUAAAAGGAAAUCCUGUUUGCAUCAAACAAAAAUACAGAGACAGAUUAAUAUUGGUGUCAAAAUCACUGGAAUUUCUGGAUGGAAAAGAAAUUAAAAAUAUGGAAAGACAAUUCCUAAUGAAUUGGAAAGCAUCCAAAGAUGCCAAAAAAAGCAGCAAGAAAAAGAAUGUUAAACCAAAGGAUACAAGCACCUCCUACUUAAGUAACUUGGAAACGACACAUCACACAGUACCUGGUUACUACCCACAGGUAGAUAAAUCAAAAUUAAUCUUUCUUUCUGAUGGACCAAGACACUCUGCAAAUGAAAAUUCAGAAAGAAGAUAA